GUCAUCUCUCAGAGGAGUUAUGGUUGAAAAGGGUGAUUGUACUUCUUCUUUGACAGCAAUUAGGGUCUUGCGAGUUUCCUUUAUAGAUAAACUGGAAGGACGGAUUGACUCUCUGCUAGAGAGCCUCGUAAGCCAAGAAGUGUUCUCUCGUGAUGACCGUGAAGAAGUGCUGUGUCAGUUGGGGCCUCGGGCAAGAGUAAGAAAAGUGCUGGAUAUCCUGGAGUGUAAAGGUGAGGAAGCAGCCAAGACUUUCCUCUCCAUUAGCACUCGUCACCAGCAAGAAGCACACCAGACACACUCCAAAGAAAGCAGCAGAGAUCAGCAUCAGUCAAUAGAGUACAACAAAGUCAAACAAAAGCAUAAAGACGUCCUUAGGCGCAGGAGUGAGAGCAUGCUCUUCUACAACACUCGACAUGGAGAGAAAAGUCUUUUUUCUGAACAUUAUGUCAACCUCCUGUUGGUCGACGGCCACCAGGGCUUAGAGAUGAAACGACACGAGGUGCUGUCCUUUGGACAAAAGCGACUAUCUUUGCAGCAGAAUUUGGCGGUGCAUAAGAAAAUCACACCAGCAGAACUCUUCUCAAGUGCAAACCGUCCUGUCAGGAAGGUUCUGGUAACGGGGAUAGCUGGCAUUGGAAAGACCAUCCUGGUGCAGAAGAUGUUGUUUGAUUUUGGGGGAAAUAAAGAUAAUCUUGCAUUUGACUUCAUCAUCCACAUGACCUUCAGAGACCUGAAUCUGAUCGACAAACCCACAAACUUCAGGGAGUUGGUCUUGCGCAAAAACAGGCACCUGGCUAAAGAAAUAGAUAACAUCUUGGCGAAUGACGACAAGUUGUUGAUCAUCAUGGAUGGCUUCGAUGAGUUCAGACACCACAGUAGCUGCGAUGUGGACGUAUUUGUGACUGAGCCAGAUGAAGAUGCUGAGAUGGUUCAGCUGUUUGGAAGCCUGAUGCAAGGUGAGCUGUUACCCAACGCCUCUGUCAUGCUCACCAGUAGACCUGCAGCUAUAAACUACAUCCCAGUGGGCUGUAUCGACCGCUUUGUGCUCAUCACUGGUUUCUCCUUGGCUGAAGUUCAAGACUUCUUCUCACGUUAUUUCAAAGACAGUGACCUUGCUGACCAAAUGUAUGCGGUGGUAGCGGCAAAUGAACUAAUGCUGACACUGUGUUACAUACCUGCAUUUUGCUAUAUUGUGUGUUGCAUCCUAAAAGAAAGCACAGAUCUCUAUGGAGAAAGCCCAAAGACCAUGACAGACAUUUAUGUACAAUAUCUGGUGGCCUUGCUUCGUUCUCAUACCCAAGCUAGAGCUGAAACAGUUCUUCAAGAGAUAAGAGCAGGGGCCACACAGCAGCUGUCUGACGUCGUGCUGAAGCUGGGCGAACUCGCUUUCAAAAAAAUCAUGGACCAUCAAACACUGUUCUACAGCAGCGACCAUGAUGUUGCAGCACUACAGGGAUGCAGCCUCGUAAGUACCUUCCUUGACAAGACGGUUGCACAGGAACCUGGCUGCACCGAAGAGGUUUAUUCCUUUGGGCAUCUUACCAUUCAAGAAUUCUUUGCUGCAGUUUAUUGUGCAGUGACAAAUCAUCCUUUACCUGAUGCCCUUCAGCACUCCUCCAGUCCUGGACACUUGGAUCUUUUCAACCGCUUCCUUUCUGGAAUUCUCUCUGAACGCAAUGCUAAUCUUCUGUCCAGACAGGUGGGGCUGAGUUGCCACAAAGAGAAAGUGGACACCUAUCGUCAGAAGAUGAUCAGGGAGCUUAAAAUGCUCUGUGAGAAUGGGGCCAAUAUCCUAAACCAUUUACACUGCCUGUUCGAGCAACAGGACCCCUCAUUAGUCCUUUCUAUACAACCAGAGACACUGCGAGUCAAUGUAGGUGACGAAACACUCUCCCAAAUGGAUUACAAUGCCAUCAAGUACUUCCUUAACCUCACAAAGGGCAAAAUAUCAGAGCUGGAUUUGACAGGGACAGGACUAAGCUCUGAGGCACUCAGAGAUAUUCAACCUCUACUGCUCAGAUGUGAGCACCUAUGGCUUGGAGAAAACAACCUUGAUAUGGACACAGUUCAGGUCAUUGCUGAUGUGCUGCAAGUGUCAGAUAGUGUAACACAACUAGGACUUGGAUGGUCAAACAUUGGCGAUGACGAACUACUGGUUCUUUCUAAUUCCAUACGAGUGAAAAAAAAGCUUGAACAACUGUGGAUGGAGGGAAACCGAGUGAGCUACAGAGGUCUGAUGUCCCUCAGUGAUUUAACUCCAAGUCCUCUGAAAAAAGUUGUAGCCAUAUGGAAUGACUUGGUGGACACAGAGCCAGAGUCCUUUUGUGCAGUCUCCGCCCAUGAAAGCAUCACUGUGAACUUCACAGAUGACAAUAUGUGGGAAGCAUGGGGGGACUGGGUCUUCAAAAGGUGUGAAAUCAGCAGCAAUGAGAAACUGGUGACGGUACUCCAUAAAGUGUGCAACAUAUCAGCCUGCUGCUUAGAGGCCCAGUGGGCAAAGACCUUCUACACGAAACUCUCACAGCUUAUCAGGAACAGGAUUGAGUACUGCACUGAAGAAGACAUGUGCAAGAAACUCAAAAACUUCCAAAGUGUUUUAAAGCUAAGUCUCAAUCACAGGAUGAUCGAUACAGAGAGGUUAGGUGGCGAUGCUGGUGCUGCAGAGCCCAGCAGUAAGAACAAGGACACAGAAAAGAAGAAGAGGUCCCGUGUCAAACAGCUGCUGGGUGAUGUGAAGAGGCAGGUGGAGUUUUGGUUUGGAGACGUCAACCUUCACAAGGACCGCUUUCUGAAAAAGCUCAUCGAUGAGUCAGACGAUGGAUAUGUUGAUAUAUCUGUCUUGGCAAGCUUCAAUCGAAUGAAAAGCCUGACAACUGACACCAAGUUGAUUGCCAGGGCGCUGAAAAACUCUACUGUGGUUGAGGUUAAUCUAGAGGGAAAUAAAGUAAGGCGUCAGCUUCCGAUUGGAGACAUACCAGAUGAUGUCGACAGCCGCACAGUCUAUGUGGAACUUUUGCCCAAAGAUGUGACGCACAGCUGGAUUGAGAGAGUGUUCACAAAAUGCGGAAAUGUGGUUUAUAUCAGCGUCCCAAGAUAUAAGUCGUCCCGAGACUCCAAGGGGUUUGCCUUUGUUGAGUUUGAGACUGUGGAACAAGCACAGAAAGCCAUAGAGAUGCUGAACAAUCCUCCUGAAGAUGCUCCCAGGAAACCAGGCAUUUUCCCGAGGACAAAAAGCAGGAAGCCCAUUCCUCUGUCCGCAUCAGGUGAGGAUGAGGACAAGAAAAAGCGGAAGAAGAAGAAAAAGAAAGAUGGUGCCACAGUCCAGACUCCUGCAGAAGAAGCCAAAGAGCCGGAGAUGGAAGCAGAGCCGUCUGAGCAAAAGAGGAAGCGGUCAGUAGCGGACGACAUGGAAGAAGAGUUGGCCAGCAGUCAGAAGUCACCAGGGAAACUGUCCGAGAAAAAAAGACGGAGGUCGCAGACAGCAGAGGGAGCAGAAAGCGAAUUACCAUCCAAGAUGAGAAAGACUAGUGAAAGUGAAACUGGAGACAAGGAGAGAGAUGUUGCAAACACUGAUGUAGAUCCGCCCACUGAAGGCAACACAGAGAGAGGUGUUGAGGAGGGAAAAGAAAACAGAGAUGACUCAACAGUUAAAGCAAAGAGGAAGAGAAAAAAGAAACACAAGGAGAAACUGAAAAUCGGAGAGGAAGUUAUCCCACUCCGGGUCUUGCCUAAGAAAGAGUGGCUUGAAUUGAAGGAGGAGUAUAUGACGUUGCAAAAGCGCAGCAUGGGGUCGCUAAAGAAGUGCAUUAGUAAGAUUGACCACAAGGAGCACAAGAGUUUAAUGGAGAUGGACAAUGAGUCUCAAGAUGGUAACAAUGAGAAGAGUGAAACGACUAAACUGGGCCCUCAGUUUACCAGCGGUGUCAUUAUGAAGAUUACAGACAAUAAGCCGCUGCCAGGGAGGAAGUUCAUCAAGGAUGCUCUGUCCAAAGUAUCACCCGUAGCGUAUGUUGACAUCCUAGAGGGAGAUGCUGAGGGUUACAUACGUUUUAACACCCCCGAAGAAGCUAAAGCUGUCAGUGAUGCGAGAGCAGAGCUACAGAGCGAGCACAGCUGGAAACUUGAGAUUCUCUCAGGUGACCAUGAGCAAAGGUACUGGCAGAAGAUCCUGGUGGACCGUCAAGUCAAGCUGAAUCGUCCGAGGGAGAAGAAGCGAGGCACAGAGAAGCUCAUAUCCAAAGCAGAAAAAAUCAUCAUCGCCCGGGCCAAGGAAGCUCAUAAGCACAUUCGUUUCCAGGAUGACUGAAAGCUACCCAAACUAGUUUUUGAUGACCACACAUUUAAUUAACUCUGUUUAGUCUUUACGUGAUAUGAUGAGAAGGGGACAGUUUGUGUCAAUGUGUACUAAGCUUGGAGAGAACUGAAUGGAAACUUGUUCAAAUGCAAAAUGUCCCUUUAUUUUUUUUGUUUGUUUGCACUGGAGCCCCAGAGAUAAUGUGGUUUGCUGCUAUGCAUCGGGGGACAUUUUAGCAACAUUUUAAAAUUGAUAACCUUUUUAAAAAACAAAAAGAUUCUGUACAUGAUGUAAAUAUGAUUCAUUUCAAAGCUCUCCCAGUCAAAAC